CUUCAAAGAAACCACUCUUUUCGUUUCCAUUUAAAGCUUGCUGCUUUUUACAGGUUCUACAAAUCAAAGAAGGGUGAGAUGGGGAGAGGGAAGAUUGUGAUUAGAAGGAUCGAUAAUUCGACGAACAGGCAGGUGACCUUUUCGAAAAGAAGAAAUGGGUUGCUGAAGAAGGCAAGAGAGUUAUCAAUUCUUUGCGAUGCAGAAGUUGGAGUCAUCGUCUUCUCCAGCACUAGCAAGCUUUAUGAGUAUUCUAACACUAGCAUGAAAUCAGUUAUUGAACGCUUCAACAAAGUGACAGAGGACAACCAGCAGCUAUUGAGUCCCACUUCAGAAAUUAAGUUUUGGCAAAGGGAGGUAGCAACCUUGAGGCAACAACUACGAUACUUGCAAGAAUGCCACAGGAAACUGAUGGGGGAAGAACUCUCUGGUUUGAGUGUCAAAGAUCUACAGAACUUGGAACACCAACUCGAAAUAAGUUUGAAGGGUAUCCGCAUGAAAAAGGACCAAAUUUUAACCGACGAAAUUAAAGAACUGACCCAGAAGAGAACUCUCAUUCAUCAAGAGAAUCAGGAACUUCUCAAGAAGGUAGACCUCAUCCGUCAUGAAAAUAAGGAACUGCAAAAGAAGGUUUAUGGGGCAAGGGAUGUCAAUGAAGAGACAAGAAGUUCACGACCAGCACUCAUCUUUAAUUAUGAUCUGCAUACAUCCAUCGAUCUCCAAUUAAGCCCGCCACAACAACACAACAAUGAUAAAUCAGCAAAAUAAACAAAAUCAUGAUUACAACUUCAAUAGCAAAUGCAGGGGGAUAGAUGUCAGCAGUGACCACUUGCAACUAGCCACAAAGUCAGAAACGAACCAAGUUUCUAUAGAAGAUCUCUCAUUUCAGCUACUAGACAGAAUUAUUUCAGAAGCGGGAGCACUAAAAUGGUAAUAUAGAUUCUAUAAAACAAGCUCUAUGUUUUGCUGUAAAUUUAUGCAAUAAUGGGAAAGCUUUUUCUUAUGCAAAAUGAAACAGAUACUUAAAAAAGUUGUCAUGAUCAAUGUAAUUGAACUAUUUGUCGCGAUUGUGGUACAUAUAUUUGUUUAAUGAAGAUUCGCUUACAUUAGGAACAAUAAUUCCCAUUCCAUAAUAAUCAUAAACUUUUUUCAAGUUAUAGCUAGUAACAUAAGAUCUUCAACUCUGUGAAGAGCAGCAAUACAUUUUUUUUCACCAAAAAAAAAAAAAAAUAAAAUAAAGUAAAAUAGAAAGACGAUAGAGCA